AUGAUGCGCAUACGUAUCUCAACCCCUUCGCGUACAUACCACUCCAGCGCGCGAGAAGAGGAUGGGAUACGUAUGCAUAUUCUUUUCUUAUUGCUCUUAUUUUUGGUCGCUAUCGUGCUCCCUCCUUUCUGCAUUCGCGUGUUCGAGUGCUCUGAUUUUCCUCCUUUUUUGUACCCGCAAAUCGUUUUGUGUUCCGCCGAUUUGUUAUGCAACGAUUCUCCACGAAUAUUAGCUUCAUUUCCUCUUGAAUCUUAUGUUUUUGUUUUUAUCGUUCAUUUUCCUGUAGCGACAAAUAGUGGGCUGUGCUGGCACGUGACAUUCGCUUUCGCCCAAACCCACAUCGACUCAAUCACUCGCUCUUCGGUUGUUAAGGUGUUUGCAAGGUUCACACGAGCUAUUUUGACUGGGCCAGCGGGACUAAGGAGAGUUUGA